CCGAAACCCCUUUUGGAGAGAAAAGCAACCGCAACGCAAAGACAAAGAAGCAACCUCCCCAACUUGCUGCCUCUCUCUUCAUCGUCAUCAACAGCCCGUACUGGAUUUCCAGCUUCAGUUUCCCCUCUGCCUCGCGCGCGCUCUCUCUCUCUCUCUCUCUAGCAAGAUGGCUUUCUCUGGAUUUGACAGUCCCCGAAUCCGAUUCUGAUGUUUUUUUUUUCUCCUUGGGGUCGGAUUUGUUUCUAGUAUUCGGAUCUAGAUUCUCGAACUUGUGUCUUCCGCUUGAUUUUGUUGAAUUCCCUCUGGAUUUCUUAUCUCCUUUUUUUUUACCAAGUUGGGAUCUUUUCCUUUCCUUUCCUCUGCUCUGCUCUUUCUGCUUGGAUUGGGUUCUUGAUACAUUUUGAUUCCAAAUCCCAUUCUUGAUUCUAAACACGCAAUUUCCAGCUGGACCUAUCUCCAAAGAAUAUAAACCCCCUUUUGCCAUAUCAGUCUGUGCCUUUUCCUUACUUUUCCCACUUUAUUUUCUAUAUCCUUCGAGAGCUAGAUUGUUGCCAGAGAGAGAGAGAGAGAGCUUGAGGCGAAAUUCAGCAAUGGCUGCAGCUAAGAACAACAUGGGGAAAUCCAAAAAGGGUGCUGUUGAUGAAACUCGGACGAUGUGGGAAUCGGAGCUUGGGAAGAGCAGAAAAGCUGAUCACGAAGGAGAAGAAGCUGGUGAUCCGAGCUUCCAAAGUCGGCCAUGGAGGACAGUUUUAGAUGGAGCUUCCACGGCCGAAAGACAAAGACCUCUGAAAAAGGUCCGAAGCCCUGAACGCCACGUUCCCAUCCAACCCUCUUUCCUUCAACACCAGCAAGUCACUCAAUCUUAUUCAAUCCCUCCUCCUUCUCUGUUUCCUCUUUCCAAUUCCAAUUCCCCUGCUUUCAACUCUUCAAGCUCGAGGAUUCUGUUCCCUUUCGCUUUCGAAGGGUCGUCGUCGAUGCCCGCAAAUCAGCCCAUCCAUUUCCCCCCGCCGCCGACGACGACGGCGACCCAGUUUACCACCAACCCUUCUCUCCCAAUUUUCCCGCCGCCACCGCAAAACCAGAUGAUUUCAUUCGAGCAGCAGCAGCAGCAAACGAAGCCGUUCCCGCCAUUUUUCGCGGCGGAAUCCGCCCACCACCAGCAACAGCAACAGCAGCUGUACCGGUACUGGAGCGACCCGCUGAAUCUGAGCCCGAGGGGACGUUUCCUGAUGAUGAACCAGGUGGUCGGACCGGACGGCAGGCGGAUGUUCCGGCCGACGAUGCCGGUCCAGCCGAUCAACACGACGAGGCUCUACAGAGGAGUGCGGCAGAGGCAUUGGGGGAAAUGGGUGGCCGAGAUUCGCCUCCCGCGCAACCGUACACGCCUCUGGCUCGGCACCUUCGACACCGCCGAGGACGCCGCCAUGGCCUACGACCGCGAGGCGUUCAAGCUCCGCGGCGAGAACGCCCGGCUCAAUUUCCCGGAGCUCUUCCUCAACAAGGAAAAACCCUCUGUUUCUUCUCCGCCUUCCCCUGUUCCAACUCCAUCGGAAACUGAACCGAAUCUGCCAGAGUCCGAAGCUUCGCUCCCGCCUCCGGCGGAGGAGGAGAGACACGCUCCGGACACUGAUUCCGGGAUGGGUUCGGUGACCGAUGAAGUUCCGGCCGCCGCGACGGUGGAAGGCGGCGGAGGAGAAGGAGGGGUACAGGAAAUGGUGUGGGGAGAAAUGGCGGAAGCUUGGCUGAAUGCGAUUCAGGCAGGGUGGGGGCCAGGGAGUCCGGUAUGGGAUGAUUUGGAUGCUAAUAACAACCUGUUGAUGAAUUCCCAAAUCCCAUUUAGCCAUUCAAAUACUAAUCAGCAGCAAGGUGGAGGAAUCAUGACCAAUAUGGCAGGUAGUGGGUCAGCUAAUCCUUCGAGUUCGUCUUGUUUCCAGAUGAAGCCGUUCUUUUGGAAGGAUCAAGAUUGAUCCUUUCCAGUUUCUUCCGAGGAUGGGUUUACUUUAUGGGGUUUACGGUUCGAUUGGGUUUUGGAAGUUCCCCAUCUUUUCCUCUUCUCCACAGUUUUUGGUUUCAGAGUUUUGCAGGAAACCAAAAACACUGGUUGUGAGUUUUUUUUCCAGAAACAGCCGGUGAGAGUGCGAAAAAUUGGGAUUUUCCACCUACCCAAAAUCUCUUCCUUCUUCUUCUUUUCCUGAGAGAAAAGGCUGCAUAUUUACAAGCCUUUUUUCUUUGUUGCAGAAGACAUGCCGUUAUGUAGAUUUAUUUAUCGACUUCUUUUUGUCUAAGUAUUAUGUUAUGUAAUGUAAUGUAGGAUAGUCAGUCAGUGAUAGGUCGACAGAAGGAGACAGUUUUGUGAUCUCUUCUGUCAUAUGGUAUUUAGUCUACUGGUCGGUUUGGAUUGUAUCUUUCUCCGUCUCAGUCCCUGUCCCAGAAAAGCUCUGUUUUUCCAUGCUUUGAGGGGGGUUGGGAUUGGAGGAAUUUGAUUAAUAGCAAGUCAAUGUGGGUUUGUCGGUUUCUUUGUACAUUUGUCAUCGUGUUUAUCGUUUCUUGUUUGUAAUACUAUCAUUGAUAAUAAUGCUUUCCUUUCUUU